AGUGUGUGGUUGGGAUUCCCUCUGGUGUCUGAAUCUGGGAGACAAGGCGAGUCCAUAUCCAGCAGUGUCAACCUUUGGGGAAAGUCAGGAACAGGCCAAGAACAUCCUGUUGUCUUCUUUCAACCCUUUCCUCUGGAGCCACAGGAAGGAUGUCAGAGCUGGAAAAGUCCUUCCGUAAAUUUGCCAUGUAUGGAGACCCAGCUGCCACUGGCAAUGACAUGACAGCGAAGAACUUCUUCAAGAUGCUGAAGGAGUGUGAUGUGAUGGAUGGGGAAACUGUGACCAACAACGAUGUGGAAAUUGCCUUUAACAAAGUCAAGAGCAAGGGAGCCCGCAACAUCAACUACAUUGAAUUUCAACAGGCCCUUAAGGAGUUGUGUGGGAAGCGCUUCAAAGGAAAGUCCCUUGAAGAGGCCUUCCAGGCUAUGUUCAAACUGAUGGAAGGCAAGGAGCCAGACCACACUGAGAAGACCAUGAGUGCUAAGCCUGUCCCCUUAUGAAGUGGGAGGCAAUUACUUUUUAAAAUUUUAUUUCCUAGAAUGAA